AUGUUCGCCCAACGCAUUCUCGCCCGCUCGACGCCGCGCAUGGCGCUCGCCCGCGCUCCCCUCCGUGCGUCCCGCCGCAACUACAGCUCCGAGACCAAGCAGCAGUUCGUAGGAGCCGAGGACAACGAGUUCAAUCGCGAGCGUGCCCGUAUUGCCGAGCACGGCGCUGAGUCUGGCGAGUUCUGGCGCAAGUUGUCGCUGUACGUUGCCGUGCCCUGCCUCAUCAUUGCCUCCGUCAACGCCAAGUUGAGGUGGGAUGCUCAUUGGGAGCACGUUGCCCAUGAUACUCCUCGCGAGGACAAGCCUGAGUAUGCGUACCAGAACAUCCGUACUAAGAACUUCUGGUGGGGAGAUGGUGACAAGACGCUCUUCUGGAACGACAAGGUCAACUACCACAAGAAGGACGAGUAA